UGAUUUCUGACGGAAAUAUUUUUCCCGUCAAUUGUGAUGCGUGAAAAUUCACCGGUGUAGUUUGCGCGUUUUUCUCUCGAUCAAAAUUCACGUUUUUGAGCUUUGUUGCGAGUAUGGACGAUUUCAAGGAUCUUUUCGAAAGUAGGCACCACAAGAGGAGUCCUUACGACCACGGAUAUGGGGUCUCUGAGAGGGACAAGUACAAUCGUUAUUCCUACAGGGAAACCAAGCACGAUCCUCAGUAUCGCAGCAGAUUCGAAAGGGAAAACUUCCACCUCAGCCAAUCCACCUUAUGUGUUCCUCAUCAUUGCAAGAACCCCAGUAAAUCCACCAUUUGCAUGCCAUUUCCCCCCAUAUCCCCUAGCAAAUCGACCCUUUGUCCUCCGAAGAAAUUCACCAAACCAAUUAUGGACGAUGAUGUAACCAGUCUACCCUACUACAUAGUACCAGUUCUGUACGUCCCGCACAAGCCUCUAUACGACGCCAAGCAGGUGCUGGAGCCUCACAUCUACAAGGCCUACCACUGCAAGUCCAAGAACCAGCUGCACAAAGACACCAAACAUCCCACCAAACUGUCCGAUUCCAAAACGCUGUUGAACAUUUACAACAAGAAACACAGCAAGAAGGGUUACGAUUACCCUUACGUUUCCAAGUCUGACAAAUACUCCUUCGAGUGCUACGACGAGUAUUUCCGAAAGUGUAUCGAGGAGAAGAGAUCAUCCUCCGACAUCAGCUUCUGCACGGAGAAAUCCUACUGCCAUCUACCGGUCACCCCAAAACUAUCCUCGAAAUUCGAACAGUACUCGUCGGAGAAACGCAAGUCGAUCCCUAAGGAUUUUCCGGAACUGUUCGGGCUGCACACGUCCAGAACGACCAAUUUCACGUUUGGACCGCGCGCCGGGGAAGAACUACCAACCUGGGACUCCCCGAGAACCACAGACGCUCUCAUAGAGACCGAGAUGACGGUAAAGAGUUGCAUCUCGGCGCAGACUUCCUUCGAUACGUUGAGGUGGCGCAGAGGGGUGCAGGAUGACAAGAUAGAGAGCCAAGGAACCCAGACCGACAUUAUGGACAUCAAGAAAAACGUCUUGGUCUUGCCCAACGACAAGUUCAAGAGGUCGGUCAGGAGGCAACCGAUUCCAGAGGAGGUACCGAAGAGUAUCUACGACAGAAAAACGUUGAAUCCUCAGUUCAGCGAGGGGCAUUUGGACAAGGUCAACCCGAAGGCUUUCGUAAGUUCAAAUAUUCAUCACGUUGUUUAAAUUAAUUCAGCCUAGAGACCUGCACAAAAAUUGGUUCCCAUUUCACUGGACAGAUGGCGUUUGGUUGAUGAAACUUUGCAAAAUAUUACUUGUAAAAACUGAGAGAACAGUUUGGGGUCUUUAUAAAUGAUUGCAUCUGCUCCUUACUUGGACCUUUUCAACCAUUAUAAAGACCAUAACUGCUCUAUGAGAAGAGAAGAUAAGAUCGCAACUGCUCAGCAGAUUGCAGUAGGUUAUUCCAAUUUUUUGAAGCAGCAAAGUUUUGCGCACCUUGACUUUUCAAGUGUUUAAUAUUUUCUCCAUAAUUUCCGCAGGGUUGCAACAGGAGCACCUCUCGUUUCACAGUCAGCAGGCACACGAAGUCAGCGGUUUCUAGUUCUUUUGGUCCCAGCAAAAAGAAUUCCAGAAAGAGCAUAGACUCUGAAAGCACGAGUAUAGUUUGAUCGGCUCCAUUUUUCAUUGAAUUAUACGAGAUACGUUCUGGUAAAGUAAUUGUCGUCAAUAAAUUAUGUACGAGUUGUUCUUCUUCA